UGUCAAGAAGUACUAUGUUAUUUGGAAUUGUUUUUCCCAUUUGUUAAUAUAAUUACUUGAAAUUAUUUUACUCAAAAUGUUUUCAUAAAUCCAGGCCUUUAGUAACUAUGAAAAAUGUUACAAGGCACAAUCUAGCUCUCUAAAGUAUAAUCUUCAUUCCUCCAUAGCCUUUGGUCUAUACCUAGUCCUUUAGACACCGUAUUUUUCACUGUCAAAACCCAAUAUAGAUAGAACAGAUUAGGAAAAAAUCAAUACUUGGAGAAAAUAGAAAUACUGAAAACCGAUGACUGCAAUCAAUUUCACGUGUGAAAUUUUGAGAUUUGUCUGUCUGCAGUCAAGAUACUCGCUGUCUUCCAGGAACUUUGGAAUGAAAUUUUUGUUUUGACAACUAUUUGAUUCCAAGGUUUAUUUUAGAGCUAAUUUUGUUAACAGCAAAACUUCAGUCACCACAGAUGCUCUAUAUCAUUGCCUGCACUUUAUACACCAAGGACUGAUAAUUGAACUUAUUGAUUCUUUGAAAUAUCACUGUGCUUUCUAGUUCUUUAUUUAGCACAGUGUUUGCACCUAUUUGUACCUCUAAAUGUUCUUUGUGAGUCUGACCAACUGAUCACUGAGAUUGGCAGAUGCUAGAGCCCUUUAGUCAGCUUCUCAUUGCUGCACAAUCUGGCUUCUCUUUUCCUUCACAGAAUAUAUAAUUGGAAACAUGCAUGACAAGAAAAGAGGGCAAACACAUAUAGGUGGUAAUUUUUUUUUUUUAUUUUUACUUCUACUGAUGCCAGUAUGACCUCUCAUGAAGUUCCAAAUCUAAAGAAUUGUCAAAGCAUAAAUCUGGUCUUUGGAUCGAAAAAAAAAAAAUUCAAUUCAGGGAGGAUUCUGCUUUACCUCUUUUUAAAAUUCCCUUUUUUUCUAUGUGAGUGUGUGUGUGUGUUGUUUUAGUAACAGGCUCUCUUCCCACCUCAGUCAUUGGUUUGCUCAGUCUCUUAUGUGAUGAAUCAAUGCUUCCAGAACAGGGGCUUCUGAGUGACUGCGGGAACAAUUACUUCCAAAUGAACUCGUGCAUCUUAGCAGGGAGCAUUCAGACCAUACCCCAGGUCUCUUCUGGUGAUUCUGAAGCUAAACCUCUGAUCUUCACAUUUGUCCCCACUGUCCGAAGAUUACCAACCCACAUUCAGUUGACUGACACUUCCAAAUUCCUUGUUAAAAUUCCCGAGGAACCAAGUGAUAAGAGUCCAGAAACUGUAAAUAGGUCUAAUUCCAAUGACUACCUGACCUUUAAUCGUGGGAGCCAAGAAGAGAGAAACCAAGGGACACUGACUUAUCCAUCAGAGACCAGUGGAAAGAGUAUACAAGGAAGGGUACUUGAAACAAACCAACCUCAAGGCAUGCAGCAAAGUGACCUCUUCAAAGCAGAAUAUGUUUUUAUUGUGGACUCUGAAGGGGAAGAUGAAGUUACAAGCAGAAAAGGCGAGCAAGGUCCCCCAGGGGGGACGGGCAACAUGGCUGCCCGGCCCAAGUCUCUGGCAAUCUCCUCCAGUCUGGUCUCUGACGUGGUGCGUCCCAAAAUAAGGGGCACAGAUCUCAAGUCCUCAUCAUAUUCUGAAAUUUCUCAUGGGAUGGCUUCUCAGCAAAAGCAUGGACAGUUAACUUCUUCUCCCACUACCUCUGAGCAGCUUGCCUGUAAACCACCUGCUUUCUCCUUUGUUUCUCCAACUAAUCAGAAAACACCACCUGUCCCAGCUAACCUCGAUGGAGCCUCUGUCCUAGAGGAGUUCCACACUAGGAGGCUGGAUGUCAGUGGGGCCCUGGUAGAAGAAACAGCUGCGUAUUUUCAAACGACUGCUCACUCUUCACCCUUUUCUGCAUCGAAGGGCGCCUCGUGGACAUUACCGUUUCCCCAUUCCACUCAACUGCCAGGUUCUAAUCUAUCCAGUCCAAGUGCAGCAGAUCAAAACCCUGGACUGGCACCUGAAGUUCUGAAGAAGACGACACCUUUAACCUCGAAUGUCCUUAGUCCCAGAGAAAGCCUGAAAACCACUUCUCCUUCACCUUCCUCCAGUGCUUCUCUGAAGUCGAAUUCAGCCUCCUACAUACCAGUCCGCAUUGUCAUGCAUUCACUCUCUCCAAGUCCGAAACCACUUACCUCCUCUUUCCAUGGCUCCUCUUCUACUGUUUGUAGCCAAAUGUCAUCUAGUGGAAAUCUUUCAAAGUCAGGGGUGAAAUCCCAGGUGCCCUCCCGGCUUUCCCUUCUCACUGCUAUCCUCAAGUCAAACCCUUCUCACCAAAGACCUGUGUCCCCUGCAUCCUGCCCCACCUUCUCCCUCAACUCCCUGGCCUCCUCCACUCUCGCCCUUGACCAAAAAGUAAAGCAAACCACACUCACACCUAAAAAAUCUCUCUCAAGUUGCUCCCUGAGAGCCCAGUCUCCAGCGCAAGCAGAACACCAGGUUUCUGAGCUGGCCCAGCAAUCCUUCCACCUCCCUUUCUUCACCAAGUCUACUCCCACCUCUCAGGUGUCCUCCCUCUCUCCUACUACACCUGUCAAGUGCAGCCUUGUUUCUAUGAAUGUAGACAAAACACCGUCUCCUACUUCUUUGAAGAGUGGUACAAUGCUCUCCCCGAUACAAACCAAUGCCUCUAGUUUUGCAGAUCUUCCUCCUGUCCCACCAAGCUCUUCACUUUCUUCUUCAAAGAACAAACAGGAUGGGGAUCUCAGAGGUUCAGAGAAUCCCAGGAAUACAUACACACACCCUUCUACAUUAGCCUCAUCUGCAUUAUCUUCUGUAUCUCCUCCUAUUAAUCACAGCACCAUGCCCUCCUCUCCAGAGAAAUGUUUCCAUCCAUCCCCAGCCCUUUCAAACCUGAUAGACAGAUCCCAAAGAGCAUCAUAUAAACCAUCAGGCCAGGGGCUGAAUCCUUCAGCUCUUUCUUCACCUGCUCUCUGCAGUGCUGGCUGUGCCUCUCUUCCCAGCUUGGGGUCCUCCUCAGUCCCACCUGCUGCUCUGCCCACCCCUGCACUACAGCUCAGUCCCUCAACACUGCAACCAAAUUGUGGCAGUGGUUCAUUGCCUUCAAGAAUGAUGAAAUCUGAAAGCACAAAAUCCAACCACACGGCACCCGUUUCAACACCAUCAAUACCCAUCUCUCUAACAAGAACCAAGGAGCUGAUUUCACCUUGUGCAUUGUCCCUGUCAACAGGCCCCGAAAACAAGAAACCCAAGCAAUACAAGACCAAGUCAAGUUACAAGGCUUUUGCAGCAAUUCCUACAAACACAUUACUUUUGGAACAGAAGGCACUAGAUGAACCAGCCAAGACUGAAAAUGUGUCCAAGGACAGCACAUUAGACCUUCCUGUGGAGUUUUGUUAUCCUGCACAGCUCAGGCAGAAAACUGAAGAGCUCUGUGCUACCAUUGAUAAGGUCUUGCAGGAUUCCUUGUCUAUGCAUUCUUCUGAUUCUCCUUCAAGGUCCCAUCAGACAUUGUUGGGUUCUGAAACAAUCAAAACUUCUACAACUCUUCCAAAAGCAGCUGGUAGAGAAACCAAAUAUGCAAAUCUCUCAUCACCAUCCUCUACAGUGUCUGAGAGUCAACUGACUAAGCCUGGAGUAAUUCGCCCAGUACCUGUAAAAUCCAAAAUAUUACUGAAAAAAGAAGAGGAAGUCUAUGAACCCAACCCUUUCAGUAAAUACUUGGAAGAUAACAGUGACCUCUUUUCUGAACAGGAUAUGACAGUGCCUCACAAGCCUGUUUCGCUCCAUCCUUUAUAUCAGACUAAACUCUAUCCUCCUGCUAAGUCCCUGCUGCAGCCUCAGACCCUCCCACAUGCUGACUGUCUUACCCCAGGACCCUUCAGUCAUUUGUCCUCCUUCUCACUGAGUGAUGAACAGGAGAAUUCUCACACCCUCCUUAGUCACAACGCCUAUAAUAAGCUGAGUCAUCCAAUGGUGGCUAUUCCUGAACAUGAAACUCUCGAUUCCAAAGAGCAAUGAAGUUGGAGCAGAAAUGAAAACAUGGGCUGCAGAAGUCUUUUGGAGUGCUGGUGCUAACCACUUGCUAGGUUUAAUUCUUAUUUUUUUCAGAAUGAGUGCUCCCUUUAUGAGCAGCAGAGGAACUAAGAAAAUUUUGCUGCAGACAUACACCAUUGCAGCACUCUACUAAACCCAGCAUAGGAAAGAUUCACCUGCAGCUUCUCACAUCCCUGCCCAAGCCUUUGAUGCCUUCUAUUAAGCUGACAGCAAUACUAACUUUCCCUAUAGUUAGCAGGCAAAAUAAAGAAGAAUCAUGAGUAAAUAGAAGAAUGGCUGCGACUGUUUUUUCAAUACUAGUUUUAUUUAAUCCAUAUACUAUUAACCGAAUCAGGUUUUAUUCCUUUUGCUUCAUUUUUCACAUGUUUGGAAGAAAAGAAGAAACAUGUUUUGUUUUAUUUUUAUUUUUUGCAAGAGUUCCUGCCUACUUUCAGGGGAUGCUUGUUACAUGGGUUCAUUGGGGAGAUUGUGGACAUGAUGAAGUAGUUAUUUCACAUAACAUGCUGCUUGCUUGUAUCUUUGGAGUGCUGUGUUGUUGGGACAGACUAUGUACCAGGGACAGCCCCGAGAAGAUGAUCAUGAUGUUGCUGGAGUGUCUCUACUAUCUCUCUGCCUGCUGCCAUGGGGUUCUUCUGCAGGCUACUGCAGAGUCAGAUUGUUCUCAUACUCUUGGGAACAGCAAAGACCAUAGAGCAAACCCACACUCUUAUUACAGUCAUGGGAGCCCACCAGAGACACACCAAUACCCACCAUAUUGGCCAGGUCCCAUUGUUCCCCAGUUGUCAUCCUUAGUAGUUGGUCUAGUUGGUCUUUGCCUCCUCUGGUGAUUUCCUUCUCCACCCAUCCUGGAAACCCAGGAUAACACCCACUAAAGAAGAAUCCAUAGCAGUUUUGCACAUGACUCAUGUUCCUUUGGAGCCAGCUCUGAGCCACUGUUCCUUAGACCACUGUUUUGGCAAUCCAAUUGUCCUGCCAGGAGAGUUUCCUACAGAGAAAGCAACUGGGUUCUUUUGUUCUCCCAUAUCCUUUUAAGAACAUCCCAUUAUCAGCCAUGAGUUGGCACCUGGAGAGAUAAAUCUCCUCUGUUGGUGUUAGGAGGACAAUGAGUCACAGGAAAGCACUCUACUUGAGUUUCUUGGCUCAAACAACAACUACUCCUCCACCAACCUUCUAAAAUGUGUGAAGAAUCACCUUAGGUUACUAAUAAUUAUCUCUAAUGUUUACUGUGCUCUUAUUAUGCACCAGACACCACAAUAAGUGCUUUACAUGAAUAUUAUCUUACAAGGGGGAGCAAUAUCAUUGUUGAUGUUUAUAUUUGUGAAAACAGAUACCUCCAAAUGCUUACAUCAAGCUAGUAUGUGGCAGAGACAAAAUUCAAAUCCAGGUAAUCUGGUUCCAAGACCAAGAUAUUUAAUCAAUUAUUAGUUUUUUUCAUUCGUUCAUUUUUGGACUUCAUGUGUAAAAGGUGAGUUGAACACACUCCCUAGCUCAUAGCAGAUUACUGUUUGGGUGUACUUGAUGAUUAUUAUUUAUAACAAUUUUAUCUUCUUUUCCUUGCUGUAGGAACACAUUCUUAUGUGUUUAAUGUUUAUCUUUUGCUUAUAUGUUUUGAAGGUGUGCAUUGUUCUGUUUGCAUAUAUAUUUAAUAAAUGUAAAUGGCAUUGCUUUUGCUUAUGUUGUUUCUUUUUUUCUCCACACUCAGCACUGUUUAAAGCUCUACACAGAUUGCUUCCUCAGAGAUGCAUGUUGCGGUCACAUUAUGUUUCACUUAUUCACCUGCCCAGCUUUGGUCUCAUAGGUCUCCGUAUUAUACAAACUGGUUUGAUGCAUAUUGUUCUGUGUGCCAGUUUGUGGAUCUUUAUGAGGGUUUAUCUGCAAUGUAUACUUAGGACUAGGCGUGUUUCAUAUGAAAGCAUACAUGCACUUCAUUUCACUAAAUCCUCCCAGAUUGCUGUCUAGAGAUACAACCAUUCUCGUUUCCACCAGAAAUGCAUCAGGGAUAUAACAUCUUCGAAUCCCUUUCCAUCUUUGAAUGUCUGAACUUUGCAAUGUUCAACCACACCAUCACUGAAAGCAGCUCUUAAGAUGGGAUUUUGUUUAAAGGUAGCACCCUAGUCAUCCUAAGUUUUCAAAUUCUCCAAUGCUUCGAUACCUUUUAAGUGCAAUUAUUAGGUAAGUAUUCUCUCUUUCAUUGAUGAAAACCUUGAGCCUGAAAUGUUCUUUGAGUCAACACAUCAGUGGAUGAUGAACCUAACAUAAGACUUUUGGAUUCCCCUGCUAUGGUAAUUCUUUAAUAAAGAAAAGAGCUGCAUCAGAAUACUGUGUUCUAAUUUAUUUUAUUUUUUCAAUUUAUUGUUAAAGAUCAGAGUCUUAAAGCAUGAAGAAAGGAGGGACAAGUAUUGGUUAUAGGUAGAAUAUGGGACAAGAGAAUGAGCUGUUCUGGGGUUCUGAGCAUGUUAAAGUACAACGGAUUAUUUUUGAGGAAGAAAGAGAUGGGAAAAUGUAGUAUGGAAUAUACAAAUAUUGAGACCAAGUCUCUAUUUGGAUUCACCAGGAAACUUACUCUAAGACAAGAAUUUGACUAAGCAGUUAUUUGGGAAGAGAUCACCAGAAGAACACAGCUAUGGGAUUGAAGAAGGGUCCUAUAAUAUAGCCACUUACUAAAAUGGGCAACUGGAGCUAAUUUCCACUGAGGGAUUUGAAGACACAGGUUGAAUGAGCGUGCAUCAGAGUUCAACUUAGAGGAAAGAAAAUUGGGGUACUUAUUCUAAAAAUUAACUAUUAACCUUUGCAUUGUUAUGUCCUUCUCUUUGGAAUAUUUUUUUUUAAUUUGGAAAAAUAUUUUAUUAUUCAUGUGCAAUGGGACUUGUUAUUUUAUUGUUAAACUUUAAUUUGAGGAAAUGGGUAAUCUAUUGAAUAUUGUUCUUUAUAUUUUUUAAGUGCAGGACAAAAAAGCUAAUUAAUAGCUUAAGUAGGAAGGGGGAUAUUCUCAGAAUAUCAUCUAUUGGGCAAGAAGAAAAUUCUGCAAGUAAGAAAGAGAGUAAAAAUCUUUCUAAUGUGGACUGCUGUAGAUUGCCACAUUGGAAGUCUUUAUCUAUUAAAAAUUAAAUCAACUGUGUGAGAGAAUAAGUUGGUGUGCAGGGAGAAAACAUUGUUUUGCUUCGAUGAAGCCCAGAGGCC